AUGCACUUGAUUUGUGACUGCAAGAAUGCCAUUAACAGAUGGAGAUCAGUGCUUGACCCAUUGUACUGGACCCAGUUUAACUCCCUUGAAGGAGCAGACUGGAUCAAAUGGAAUCUUCAUAAGGAAGCGGGCAAGGUUUUCACAAAGAAACUCACCUGGGCAUCUUUAUUUCCUUACAUUUGUUGGGACAUUUGGGUCACAAGAUGUAACAAACUUUUUGAUCCAAAUAUUACUAAUGAAGAACCUAGUGCUUUUCCAAGUUUCUUUAAAGCUUACUGUGACCAAGAUAUGAUCGCCAACUACUCUUUCUAUAAACAGGAUAGUAGUAGAGGUAAAGAACAUCAACCAUUGCAGGGACACUAUGUCACUCUAGAAGUAGAUGGGUCAGUUCUACAGGAUGGACGUAGUGGAUGCAGAGGAAUUUUAAAGGAUGAAAAAGGCGGAUGGAUCUGCGGCUUCAGUUGUAAGCUCACAACAGUACCUUCAGCCAUUGUAGAAACUAGGAGUGUUCAUGAUGCCCAAUAG